UCCCAGGUGCGCAUGCGUCAAAUGAAUGUAGGACAGAUCCGUCUAGCCUUCGGAGCUUUGUGUAUUUUGCUGUAAUAAUUCUUCCAAUUACAUCGGAGUUGGACCGCUCUGCUGAACAGAAUGGCGAGAAAGAAUUCUAAAACAUAGGGGUAUCAUCUAUGGUGUCAGCCCAGCCCCGUGGAUGUAGCUGCCACAUUUGUUGGGUGUCUAUCUGCAGUUGUAUCUGUAGCCAGGUUUUAGUGGUGGUUCCAACACACGUUCAAACUGGAUCGUGAGGCCACCUCCGCGCCCGACCAUUCUGGGAGAAUGGCGGUGACGCGUGUCCCGACUCCACCACCACCAGAAAUGUCCUGUCCUGUGGCAGAAAACUGGUGCUACACACAAGUAAAGGUGGUGAAGUUCUCCUAUAUCUGGACGAUUAACAAUUUUAGUUUCUGUCGGGAAGAAAUGGGAGAGGUACUAAAAAGUUCAACAUUCUCAGCUGGGGCCAAUGAUAAGCUAAAAUGGUGUCUGCGAGUGAAUCCUAAAGGCCUGGAUGAGGAAAGCAAGGACUAUCUAUCUCUUUAUUUAUUAUUAGUAUCAUGUAAUAAAAGUGAAGUACGGGCAAAAUUUAAGUUCUCCAUACUGAAUGCCAAACGUGAGGAAACUAAAGCAAUGGAGAGUCAACGUGCAUACCGGUUUGUUCAAGGAAAAGACUGGGGGUUUAAAAAAUUCAUUAGGCGAGAUUUUUUAAUGGAUGAAGCAAAUGGUUUACUGCCUGAUGAUAAGCUGACAAUAUUCUGUGAAGUGUCAGUGGUAGGAGACACAGUUAAUGUGUCUGGCCAGUCCAAUUGUACUCCUGUCAAAGUGCCAGAGUGUCGACUCAGUGAUGACCUUGGCAAUCUGUUUGAAAGGUCAUCGUUUAGUGAUGUAACAUUGUGUGUAGGAGGACGAGAAUUUCAAGCACACAAAGCAUUAUUAGCUGCACGAUCUCUUGUUUUCCAUGCAAUGUUUGAACAUGAAAUGGAGGAAAGGAAACAAAACAGAGUAGAAAUAACAGAUGUGGAUCAUGAGGUGAUGAGGGAGAUGCUACGGUUUGUGUACACAGGCAAGGCACCAAAUCUAGACAAAAUGGCAGAUGAUCUUCUUGCAGCUGCUGACAAAUACGCUCUGGACCGGUUAAAGGUUAUGUGUGAAGAAGCUUUGUGUUCAAAUCUAAUUAUUGACAAUGUAUGUGAAGUGUUAGUUCUGGCAGAUCUACAUAGUGCAGACCAACUAAAGACGCAUGCAAUCGACUUCAUUAACAGUCAUGCAACAGAUGUGAUGGAGACAGCAGGCUGGAAGACACUUAUAGAGAGCCACCCUCACCUUAUAGCUGAUGCUUUCCGUGCUCUGGCAAGUCAACAAAGUCCACCCCUUGGACCUCCUCGCAAGCGAGUCAAGACUUCAUAGUGAUUCAGUAGGAUAUGAAUGAAACUGACAUUUGUUUGGGUUCUUGUCUCUACACAACAGAUUAGGUAGGAUGCAAAUGAAAAUGACAUUUCCUAGAGAAUUCUAUCUCUACACUAUGAAAUGGGUAUGACACAAUUAGUGGUACUGACAUUUGUAAGAUUUGUUUAAAUCCCUGACUUUAGUUGUAUUUGGAACUGUUGCCCAGAACAGUCUGAUAAUACUGUUGUGUGCAGUUGUCUAGCAUAUGGACUGGUGCGUUUGGACAUUAGAAAUGUGCUAGUCUGAUGCAUUAUUUAAUAAAAAUACAACAAAACAGCAAAGCUUUCACAUAUACCAUGGAAAGUUGUUUGUGCUUUCAUAAGUUAUUUAAAAAAGAAAGAUGAAGUUCACAACACAUAACUCAGCAAAUGCUAUGUUGCUCCAUGUCAAUAUGUUCGUGGAUGCAAAUUAAUGUGCAUGGACCAAGUGUGUAGAUGAAUCUGCCACUACAUUUUACUCUUACUGGAAAUAGUUGGAAGAUCUUGUCCCGUAUUGUGUUUUCCGAAAACUCAAGAAUGAUUACAAACAUACUGGAUUUCUCUUGUUUUCCGAAAACUCAAGAAUGAUUACAAACAUACUGGAUUUCUCUAAGUAUAUUUGAACCAGUUCAAGUCAAAUAAAAUAGAGGCUAAAAUGAGCGAUCAUAGUUAGAAAAGCAUUUUCUAGCUUUUCACAAAGGAAUGUGUUUACCCUGACAUGUUAUAUUGUCUUUUGGUGUACUUUGAAAUUGCCACAUUGACCUUUUUCCCCUCAUUAAAUCAAUAUUAGUUGUUUGAAAAGUAUGAUGCAGAAGUCAAAUGAGAAAGCAGAAAUAAAAACUAUUAAUUAAAAAUUGCACUCCACUAUCUUCAAAUGGUGAAAUCAGCUGGAUUGGGGUCAAAAGAAUUUUCCAGAAAUCCAAUAAUUUUUUAACUAGGUUUAUAUCUGUAUCUCUUCUGUCAAAUCAUGUACUCUUACUUGACAAAUUUUUUUUGCUUGGUACAUACCAUUAAUAAGGAAGCUUUUGCGUACAAAAAUGGCAAAAAAAGGGGACUUUGUGUAUUGAAAAGAUCAAUCGGCAUCCCAUGAAAAUGAUGGGGAAAAUUUUGGUCUAUAUUAAUUACAUCAUUUUGUUACAAAAUUAGCUAAUUGAAUCAGCAUUAACUCUGCCACAGAGUAUUAGAUUAAAGAUAUUUUUUGCGGACAAUCGAUUCCAGAAUUGCCCAAAUGGAGUGUGAAAAGUUUUGAUAUUGAAUUUGAUCUGAACUGUCUCAAAUUUACUACCGACAGGCAAUUGAUAUGUACAUGCAAUUCUAGCUAGUACAGUGUAUUAUUAAAGACAAAGAAUAAGUGAAUGACUUCAGAAUGUUUAACACCAUAUGAUUGUGGUAUCAUUUGAUAGUUGUCAAUAUGGUACAUAAAUUGAACUGAAAUAUGUCCAAGAUCGCAUUUACCGUCAUUUUUCCUUGUAACUUAUUGAAUGAUGAAUCGUACACAAGUGCUUGGCUCAAGCAGAUCUUAGUGAUGGGGCACAGAACUUUUGAAUGUUUUUGGUGAUUGUAGUUGAUCUGAAACAAGAUGUUUGUUGCAAUGUUCAAAAUAGUCAUCAUUUAUUAUUGUACAAUAUAUAGAUGAAUUCUGUGACCUUUUACCGAGGUAAAAAGUUCGUAUUUUAUUCUUCAAAAUUUUAUCCAAUGCAGAUAUAAUUGUUUCAUCAAAUAGCUUUAGUUUAUUUGUGUCUAGCUCACAGGUUAUCAUAAAUAACACAUCUUAGAUAAGUUUUAAUGUCGUGUUGAAAACAUUUUGGAGUUUCUUGCCUAACAGUUUUAAUCUUCACAAAUACAAUGUAUUGCAAGUAUCUAUUAUUAUGUUAGAUGAAUAGUCUGAAGAAGAAAAAUCAUCAGGGAGUGAUACGUUCGAGUGUCUCUUAAUGAUGCUGAAGCUAAACAAACGCUUAUGGUAUUCGUCUUUCUGACAGCAUAGUCAACAUGAACUAUACAAAAAAAGCAGUCUAUUCAAAGUAUAUUACUAUAUAUAUCGAAAAUAAUGCAUGCACAGGGAAAACAUUUUAUGUGUUUGAAAUUUUAGAGAGAAAAAAUUAAACUCGGUACUAGUGCUUCAAAUUGAUAAAUUUGAUUCAUAUUUGCAUGAACAAUGCAUGUGCUUUGCCUUGUCAUGAAAUAUACACUUGGUCUUAUUUUUGCUUAAUUUUUAUAUGCUGUGUGUAUGCUGAAAAGAAUACUCUUAGUGGGAAAAGGCUAUAGUAUAUGUUGAUAAGAGUUAUCUUUCUUGGGACUUUUGCAUGUACUGGUAGUACUUUUAGUAUAUUGACAAAUCAGGUUCAUUUUUGUCUCGCUGUAUUUAAUUUUAAACAAAAAAGACCACUCACCAACACUUAUUCACAUACAUACUCAUUUUCUGGAAAUAGAAAGUGUAUUUAUGUCUGUUAUCAUUACAUUGUAUUUUCAAAUUGAAGUCAUUUUCAGUGGUCCAAGACAUCUAAAAUUAAAAUAUCCUACAUUUGUUUGAAUCUUAUCCCCAAGCGGUAUGUAAUAAUAUAAGCUAUGGUAGUAGAAUAUGUGUACAUUCAGCAAAUUUAUAUAUAGCCAAUAAUUGAUAUUAUAUUUUAUUUAGAUAAAUUUUUAAGGCAAAGGAAACUUGAAUGAUUUAGCUGUGUAUUGAUAUAGAUUUGGCAGAAUAGUGAUAAUGUAUGUAUGUAUGAGUGUCCUGUAUUGUAUUUAAAGUUCUUUGCCAGUUGAUUAUAAUUAUUAAUUGAUCUUUUUUACCAUUUGCUAAUGAUCAACUAAUGGUACAUGUGAUUCCUUUUCUUGAUCAAUGUUGGUACCAAUUUCUUAAAAGGUACAAAACUCCACAGUACACACGAAAUGUACACAAAUACAAAAAAUGCAUUUAAUACGAGCAAUAAAUAAUGGAAAUAAAAAUAACAGCAUGCUGUAUGAAAAUUGGUACCGAAAUAUUUGGGGUUCUUCCCCAAUUAUUCAUUAUAGCAAGAGUAUUUUGUCACUUUAUAUGAAUUCAUAAAUGAUUGUACAGCUCAAAGUCCUGAGAAACAGUAUAAUUUUGGGAGAAUAUAUUGAUGUCCGACUUUGCUACAUUGUUCAGACUUGUGAGUUAGUUAAAUGCCCAACACAUUCUGCAUCUGUAUCAAUCUGUCACAGUUUAUCUGUAUUCAAAAGUAUUGAAUAUCAAACCAAAAUCUUGAACAAAAUAAACUUUCAGGUUCUUCAAAUGAUCUCCCUAAAGUCCUGAUUUUCUGUUGAACAUGUUAUUAAUUACAACAAUAAUCAUUUGGUGCAAAGAAUUCUUAUUUUGGGAUUUGUGACCAUACAUACAUAUAUACAAUGUAUUUGAUUUGUUUGGUGCAGAAGUGUUUUCUAUUUAACUAAUGGUACUUGUUGCAUAUAUGAAUGAUGCAAUUAAUUUAUUUCAUGAAAUAUUGUGGUAUUAGUUAAGUACUAUUAUCACUCAUUCCUUGUCAAGUUUUUUUAUCUGAUCAUUGUUGUGUAAAUAAAUCAGUGAUAUCAAA